AUGUCUUUGGAUCAUAUAUAGCGCUUUCCCGAGGAUGGCGCGGAAUGGCGCCAUCCUCGGGAAAGUCAACUAAGCAUCCACACGGGAACUGGGAGUUCCACGUGUGGAUGCCAUUUUUGACAUGUGGGAUCCAAACUUCCACAUGUCAAAAUGGCAUCCACACGUGGAACUCCAGUUCCCGUGUGGAUGCCAUCCUCGGGAAAGCGCUAUAUCUAAAACGCUCUUGCUUCUAAUUUCUUUGGAGUUAUUCAGCUGCUUUAAGAUUGACACAGAAGUUAAUCAAUCAACUGACAUAAUUCUCGAAGAAGCACCCGAAAUUGUUAACCUUCCAGCUUGUCCAAUAUAUGCUUGCAAGCCUGACAAUGUUCCUUUCGCCAAUGAUACCUGCGUGUUUUACGAUUCAAAAACUAAUACGAAUCUAUGCAGCCCAUGCAAAGACUCUUCAACUUAUUGCGAAUUCAAUUUUAAUUCAAAUUUUUCAUGCAUACCAAUAGUUGAGUAUGAACAUGGGGAAAGUAACCCUGGUGAAAAAUGCAGAACCUUAAGCGAUUGCGAUGAUGCUUUUGUAUUAUCCUGCACAGAUGGGGUUUGCCAAGGUACCGUAGCUGGUAAAUCAUGUGAUUCGGCAACUUUUUGCAAUCCUGGACUUGGCUGUAUUUCUGGUACCUGCCAGCCUUUAACGAAAUCUGGAUCAAAAGGCUGCCUAAGUGAUUUUGACUGUGAAAAUGGAGCUGGGUGCAAUAUCACAAAUGCUUUAGACUUUAGCUCUAACUUGUGCAUCGAAUAUGGAAGUGUUGUUGCUCAUGAAAUUAUUUCGACCUGCAUAAAUAGCGUGAAUAAUUUAUGCGAAUACACCUAUUGUGCUCCUUAUAAAGGAUUAUUUGCCUGCACAAGCCAGCUAAAAACAGUUGGCAAUAUCCCUGCAGCGUGUGCAGCUGAAAAUGCUCAAUGCACAUCGACGUCCGAUGACUUUUUUGACCCUCCAUUUAGCUUUAGUCAGCCAGGCUGCCAAUGUGCUUAUACAGAAACUGGAACUGAGCUAUAUUGCGAUUUAUUUAAUGGAGAUGCCCAAUAUAUGGCUUAUUAUAAGUUAUUAUUCGAAUGGCUUCAAACAGCAGAUGCGAAAAAAUGCAACACUGAUAGGAGAACUGCUUCUCGAUGCAUUGAAUCUAACUGGGAUAAGAAAAAAUAUGAUGCUUUAAUGUAUUACCAGGCAAAUGCAUAUUAUUAUCCUAUCAUACAGAAUACAGAGCCUUGCGUAUUAAAUUCGUUUUUGGAUCAGUUUUAUGGAAUGCAUAGACGCGCCUACAAUCAGGACAAUGACAGCUCAGCCAAUAUAUUGAUUCUCUCAAUAUUUAUUAUUUGGCUGAAUUAA